UCAGCACAGCCCGGAGCGGCCGCCGCUGUAGUCCCCACCCCGGAUACCACACUCCUUCCCCUCAUAUAUAAAGGUAUUUAGACUGUCAGGCCGACCCCGGGCUGCUCUAUUUUCUCGUUGAUGGUGAGGCUGUGUGAGAGAAGGAUGAAGUUACUUGUAGCCGUCACAAUCAUCGUGGGAUCGUUGAUUUUUCUCGCCUUCCCCAAUGGCUCGUCCGCUGACGAGAAGAAGAAAGGCCCCAAAGUGACUGCUAAGGUGUUCUUUGAUAUUAGAAUUGGAGAUGAAGAUGUUGGAAGAGUUGUCAUCGGAGUGUUUGGGAAGACUGUUCCCAAAACAGUCGACAACUUUGUUGCACUCGCAACAGGAGAGAAAGGAUUUGGCUACAAGAGCAGCAAGUUCCACAGAGUCAUCAAGGACUUCAUGAUCCAGGGUGGAGACUUCACCAGGGGGGACGGCACUGGAGGCAAGAGCAUCUAUGGAGACCGCUUCCCCGACGAGAACUUCAAGCUGAAGCACUACGGCCCCGGCUGGCUCAGCAUGGCCAACGCCGGCAAAGACACUAACGGAUCUCAGUUUUUCAUCACCACCGUCAUGACUCAGUGGCUCGAUGGCAAACAUGUCGUCUUUGGAAAAAUUUUGGAGGGCAUGGAUGUGGUGAGGAAGAUCGAGAAAACGACGACAGACGGUCGUGAUAAACCUCUGAAAGACGUCAUGAUCCACGAUUGCGGCAAAAUCGAUGUGGAAAAGCCCUUCGCAGUGGCCAAGGAGUAAAAGUGCUGCUUGAAAACAGGACUGGGGGUAGGGGGUCAUUGUGCGGGUCACCUUGUUUUAUCACUAGCAGCCCUGUGUGGUCCUGGAGGAACGGGCUGUGUGGGUCAUGAUGAUGAUGAUGUCGGUGGCUGCCGUCUUCAAGCACCAGAAGAGAUUUAACGUUCGAGCAAUCAUGACAACACUCUGGGUCCAUUUACCAACAAGCAUUCCAAGGUGCACUUACUGUUGGUUGUUUUUGUAAAAAAAAAAAAAGAAAUCUGAAAUAAAGGUUUCCCUUUUUGUUAAAAA